UUAAAAAAAAAAAAAAAAAAAGUCCCUCCUCAAGCUAGGCUGGUUGUGCGUGUGUGACCGCGCAGCGUCAAAGAUAGGCUGCUAGAAACAUCACCAGCAUCCCCGGCCACCUGCUGUCCACGUCGCCGCUUCCACCCAUGGACGACCCAGGGUCGGUCACGGCUAGUCAGAGCACAAUUAGCGGGAAAGUUAACGAAGCCGACCGGGGGAGCAACACUGACUACACGGCCUUCGUGCUGGUGCCCGUCUUCUUCCUGCUGGGGCUGCUGGGGGUGAUCAUCUGCCACGUGCUGAAGAGGAAGGGCUACCGCUGCACCACCGCAGAGGCGGCGGAUGAGGAUGAAGCGGAGCAGGCGUGUGAAGACGAGGAAAAAGAUCCAGAACUUGGCGGAGAGUUCAACGACACCCUCAGUGACAACAAUGACACGGUGGGACAGAUCGUCCACUUCAUCAUGAAAAAUGAAGCCAACUCGGAUGCCCUCAAAGCCAUGAUUCAUGACAACAGCAUUGAUUCUGAUGGCGCACCCGUCACCCCCACCUCCCCCUUCACGCCCUCGCCUCCCACGACCCCCAUCUCGCCCGAAGCGCCCCCUGGGGCCGCUAAGCACACCUGCAACCACCUGCACACGAUCGGCGGCUUAGGCGGCCACAAGAAUAUCUGCACGCGCUGCAGCCAGAAAAAAUGGCCGCUCAUGAGCAAGCCGGCAGCCCGCAAGGCGGAGCCACGGCGCGGCAACCUCAGCGAAGUCACGGUGCUGUCCGUGGGCAGGUUCCGUGUGACAAAGUGUGAGAAGCCUACCAGGGAACGGCGGAUUAUGUUCACAGCGGAGUCCAACGGGAGCGUUCCGUCCGAAGAUGCUGUGUCAAAUAGCCGGACAGUGUCCGAGUCCCAAGAGGAGGAGAAAGUCAACUUGGAUAAGGAGAAAUGAGGAAAAAUCCAGCCACUUCCAAGAGAAGACGCUUCUUAAGCCUCCCGACGCAAACGUCGACACAUAAGAGCAAUAUCAAGUGUGUGCGCACCCCCUCACGCCCCCACGCAUCCUUCCCCAACGGGACCAGAGACGUGCAGUCACACAAACCUCUUAUUUACCAGCUACGGAGGAGAACGCAAGUGUUCCUUUCUCAUUUAAUAGCCACACACGUCAAAAGGCAGUGCGUGCCAACAUCCGCUCGAUUUAAUACGACUCGGUCAAUCGGUACGAGGAGUCAGACGGAGACAGGAAGUAAGGAUACGAUAAUGUCGUGGCCUCAGGAAGUUGGUCGUCAUAAAGGAACGUAAGCGUCAUAUGCAGCUAGAAAUAUAUCGAGUAUUGCAAACGUGUCAAGAAUCGCUUCUAUGUGCCAGUGAAAUGUUUUUAAAAAUGUUAGGUCAGACGGAGGAAAGGCUCCAUUUUUACUGUCGUAACUCAUCAUUUCAUUUCUAACGUUCUUCCGAGGCAUACUAAAGAUGCACUUAUCUCCUUGUUAUUUUUCUCUUUUUUUCUUUUAAGCUUCUAUUAUGAUUAUUAUCAUGAGUAGGAGCUAAGCGUCCUACUCAUGGGCGUGAAGGGUUUGUGUUGGGACAUUUGUGUGCUGAAAAUCAGCCCAUUCAGUCCGUUCUAUUUUUUUUUUUUCCUCCCGACUUGGGUUUGACUUAUGUAAGAUCGAGCCAAGUUUUGGAUGCUGGUUGCUGGUCUGAAGAGAUACCAAAGCAAGAGAGCGUCGACAUCAUAAGUGUCGAGCUGCUCUCAUUCUUUAGGGGUUAUUCACCUUUUAAAGGCUAUUAUUUUUUUUAAAUAUAUAUAUAUUUGUUUACAGUAUUAUCACAUCAGUUUUUGGAUGUAUGACGUAUAUUUUAUUAUUUCUGCUGUGUUUUGUUUUUUAUUUAAUGACAAAAAAAAUAUGGAAAUAAAGACGAAUGUACACUCCC